GAAAGGGGAAGUCGCUGAUGUGAAACCCACAGCAAGCAAAUACCUACCGAGGACCAGAAACGAAAAGGAAUACCUUAAAUUGAAUUUCUUUUUUUUUCUUUCUUACUGCUUUGGAUCAUUUAUGAAAAAGCCAUUUAUAAGGAGGUUGGAUAUAGAACGGUGAUCUGCAUUAUUUGUUUCCCCCUUUUUUGUUAUUUUUUUUUUCCCCUGUCCUUUUCUAAUACCUUGGGAGAGACGGACUUCUUAAGUGCAUCAUUAUGUUGAACAAUAUGGAUUUGAAUGCGAAAGAUUCUUUUUAUCCUCAGUUUGAGAAUUGCAACAGUUCUUCCCUCGGAAUGGAAAACGGCGUGCGGAAAGAUAACAACCAAGAGGUGUUCGUCGAUGCAGAGCGGGGGGUACCUGCCCAGUUUGGCCAUGAAGGAACCCCUGCAACCCUAAAAACGGAGGCUUUCAACUCGGAGUACGCGUUUACCCACUGCGAGUGCCCAAAAGACGCAUACACCCCCUCCUCCUCCUCCUCGCUCGCCUACUCCGGCAGCUUCUAUGUUGAGGCAUCUCAGGGAGCGCCCUGCAGCACCGAAACACUCCUCAAUAUGAUCACCGAGAUCGUGGGCAUAUCCACGCUGCCGCUCUCAGAGGCGCAACAGAACGGCAACUGCAGCCGGGGGACAUACUCCUCUCCCGGGCCUCCAGACAGCAGCUCUGGCGGCUUCGGGGACUCAAAGCGGCAGUCAUACACCUGUUCCGGAUCCGAUCAAGACCAAACCCCGCAAGACAACCAAGCCCAUCAAGACCCGUCCACUUCCAAGUUCGGCUUUCAAAAGAAGCCAGAGCCAAAGUCGGAGGCCGCUUCUUUCCCCGUUGUAGUAAAGAAUGAGUUUGAAAACAGCUGCUAUGAGUGGGGGAGCUUUAACAAUAAGUCUGACUGUUUGGAAACCACUUUCCACUCAGAGACGUUCCCCAUGUCCAAUGAUUUCCCACCUGAUCAGCAAAUGGACGUUAAGGACCUUUUGGAGACUUUCCCCCCUAUUUGUCCCAACCCAGAGAUGGAGUUUAAGGUGGAGGGGGGGAUCAAACAGGAGCCAUGUUUCUCUGACACCUGUUCCCAGAGUUACUCGAGCCCUCUCUAUAAUAAUUACCUCCCACCACCACCAACUAUGGGCCUGAAACCCUUUCCAGAACCCCCGCAGCCAUCAAACCAGUGCGACCCUCUCUACACAUCACCAGCCUUACCCAGCACCAUAGACUCCAUCCUAUACUCCUCCCUGCUGCCAGACUCCUUCCCGCAAACUUACACCAACCGCACGGCGAAGCCUCCCGGCAGCAGGGCGAGAAAGAGCCCCGCCUCCUCCUCUAACGGCCCGGCCAAGGAGAAGCCCUUCACCUGCCCCAUGGAGAGCUGCGACCGGCGCUUCUCCCGCUCCGACGAGCUUAACCGGCACAUACGCAUCCACACGGGCCACAAGCCCUUCCAGUGUCGCAUCUGCCUGCGCAGCUUCAGCCGGAGCGACCACCUUACCACCCACACCAGGACUCACACUGGGGAGAAACCCUUUUCCUGCGACGUGUGCGGUAAGAGGUUCGCCCGCAGCGACGAGAGGAAGCGGCACGGACGCGUUCACCUGAAGCAGAAGGAAAAAAUGGAGAUAAAGCCACAGGUGACCGCCGGGCCAUGGCCGUUCAGUCUUCCAGAGGGAAUAUGAAAGUUGCGCCCUUUUUGUUUGGCGGGAAUAAAAUGUUAAAAGAUGAAGCCAGCCUGAGUUGGUUUUGCUUUGCAAAUCAUCCUGUAAACUCAGAGGUUUAUUUUUAGAGGAGCAAGGAGGAGGAAAAGAGCCUUAUAGCGCGUUGCUGCUGACUUUCUGCAGCCAUGCCAAAGCUGCACAGGUCGACUAGCAGAUCAACAGAGACUUGUUGCUUUAACUGUCAGAGGCGCCAAAGCCUCUGUGUUCUACACUGCAUGACCGGUCUGUUUCAGCACCUCUUCAAUCUGGACAGCUCCAGCCUCCAUUUGCCUCAGAGCCAUGUGUGGAUUGCAUUUACAGAUUAGAAAUUAUGAAUAUUUCAAUUAAUAGAUUCCUUAGUUUCUGCUUUUAGCAUUCGUAGAGCAAUGAUUUUAACCUAUGUUUUCUUCAAAAAAA